AUGACCAAGAGGAAGCUGCAGCAGAAGCCGCCGCUUCAUGCCAAGCAUGUUUUUGCUCUAGAGGAGAUCGUGUGUGGCAAGGUUGCCAACUACAGUGCUGCUGAUAAGGUGGCGGCAGGAUUUUUCUUAUUCGCCAUUUACGCUCGGGCGAGGCACUCGGACGCUCAGAAUUCUUCUACUCUUGAAGAGGACCUUUGUGAAGAUGAGGAUGGCGAUGUGACUGGUUUUCUUGAAGCAAGGAUUGAGCGUUCCAAAACCUCGACUACUCUAGAGCGUAAAACUCGUUGGUUGCCGCUGGUUGCUACAAUCCAUGGUAUUUCAGAUGAGUGCUGGGGUCUGGAGUGGAUGAAGGUGCUCGCAGAGAACGGGCCCCCUUUAGGCCCAGGACGGCCUUUGCUGCCCGGGCCCAUGGAAAAUGGUCAGUGGCAGAACGUGCCGCUGUCCCCCGAGGACGAGGAGCGUCCUGACCAUCGCGACGAGGAGGAAGCUUUGCAGCUGCUGGACCCGUGGGUCGAGACGAUCGCUUCUUCGGUCAAGACUCUGAAGAACCUGGCAUUUAUUUCUUCCUAUAGUCCAGGCCAGGCAGAUGAUGCCCCUCUCAUGGAGGUGCUGUCUUCUUUGCUGUCGGAGCCUGAUCUUUCGAUUGCGUUGAAAGGUUCGUGGCGUGCAGCUUUUCACGAGGCAUAUGCUGUUGCUACUGCAGAGCUUAAACAACAGGUAGAAAGGUCAGAGGAAGUUCAGGUGCGUGCCCUCACUCAGCCCGAGCGAGCCGAGAGGUACGAGAAGCAGGUGAAACGUCUUAGUGGCGUGGACAUAAAAGGAAGCUCGGAGCCCUCUGAGCGGCUCGUUGAUGUAUGUGUUGCCAUCUACGAGCGCAAUCAGCUUCAGUACGUGCCCUGGUCCAGGUGCUCCUCCAGGGAGCAAGAGGCACAGAAUGAAUCCCGUAAAGAGGUCAAGCUGGCUUUGGAUGGUUCGGGCAAGGUUAAAGUUGACUCUGCCUCUAAGGAGGUAGUCGCUGAUACGAGCACGGAGGUGCUCGUGAUGCAGGCCCUGCAGCGCAGAGCUUUGGCCAUGGAACAGGCUAACAUUGUGUCUUACACCUUGCUUGACCUCUGGCAUCAGCGUUUGAUGAAGGCCCGUCUCACGGAUCCCCCGCCUGGUUACUCGAGGCCUUCCUUUGACCAGCUUCGCCUUGCAGAUCAGAAGCUUUUCAGUGAGCUUCAGGAUGAGACAAGGUCUGGGAUUCAGGCAUUGAGUUCGGGGCGUCCUGUUGACAACUUGAUCAAGGAUGUGAUGCACCGUGCGGAAGUGAGUUCGCUGCUUUUGCCGCUCCCAGCGCCUAGUGUGGCGUCGGUUGCAAAGUCCACGGCUACAGCGCCGCCGCCUCAGCCGACGUGGAAAGGAAACGGCAAGGGCAAGGGCAAGUUGAAAGGGAAAACGGGGCGAAUGGGCACCCCUCGUAUGCCUGCUGAGUUGGAAGGCUGCAAGGCCUAUACGCAAAAGGGGAA